CGCAAUGGCGGCGGUGCUUUCGGCCAUGGAGCAGUUGUCGGGUCGUGUGGUGCGGGUCCUCGGCUGUAACCCGGGGCCCAUGACCCUGCAGGGCACCAACACCUACCUGGUGGGCACCGGGCCCAGACGGAUCCUCAUCGACACGGGGGAACCGGACAUCCCUGAAUAUAUCAGUUGUCUCAAGAAGGCGCUGAUUCAGUUCAACACCUCCAUCCAGGAAAUCUUAGUGACUCACUGGCACACGGAUCAUUCCGGAGGAAUCCAAGACGUUUGUAAAAUCAUCGGCGAUGGAACUGAAUAUGCCAUUAAGAAGCUUCCACGGAAUCCUCACGUGGAAGAAGUUAUAGGAAACGGAGAGCAGCAGUACGUUUAUCUGCGAGAUGGAGAUGUGAUCAAGACAGAGGGAGCCACUAUCAGAGUUGUCUACACCCCGGGACAUACUGACGAUCACAUGGCCCUUCUCUUGGAAGAGGAAAACGCCGUGUUUUCCGGAGACUGCAUCCUUGGGGAAGGAACCACGGUCUUCGAAGACCUGUUCGAUUACAUGAAAUCUCUAGAUAAGCUCCUGAAAAUGAAAGCGGAUGUGAUCUAUCCAGGACACGGACCAGUAAUCCAUAACACCGAAGCCAAAAUCCAAGAGUACAUCUCUCACCGAAAUGCCCGGGAACAGGAAAUCAUCCGGAUUUUUCUUGAGAGUGACGGAAAGUCAUUUUCACUCCCAGACCUCACAAAGAUGAUCUAUAAGGGCAUUCCACAGCAUUUACAUAGAGCGGCUGAAUACAACCUCUCUCAACACAUGAAGAAAUUGGAAAAAGAAGGAAAACUAGUAAAAGAAGACGCUUCUGGUCGCAAAUGGAAAAGCAAUCUCUAGGCUGCACGUUGUGAUGAGAUUCCCCCCAUCCCACCCCACCACGUCUAAGAACGUUUUUUUAAUUCCAAACCCUGACGAGAAGGUAGGUGAUGCAGAAGAAAUGCUGCGGGGCUAAAGGAACUGGCUGACUUAAAAGUCCUUCCGAUGCAUUUUACCGAAAGAAUGGAAAACACGUCGACUUGAGCUAGGUUCAGGGUGGUGAUUGCAUUUUUAUGUAACUGGCAGGUCUUUGCCGUUGUCAAUAAAUUCUCAAAAUCACACUCUA